UAGUGUUUAUGAAUAAUAGUGUACACAUUGGUGGUGUCUAAAUUGGCAUUGGUCUUUUCAGUCUUUUGUUUAUAACAUAGGCUAUUACUGAGUCAACAAUAUAUCUACCUAAAGCAAGAAACUUGUCGCCGGAGGAAAUUACUAUUAAUCGGACUCCGUGUCCCCCCUUGCGAAAAGAAUGCGAGCCAAACAAACGAAAUUACACAAUGUUGACGUACUCGCUAUUCAUAAUCUUGUUGGGUUUGAGAUGGCGAGUUUUUUCCUCCCCUGCUGUCUGUGAGCGGGGCAACUGAGAGAAAAGCGGCUGGUUCCGUUGUAUUCAGUGUCACUUUAACUUCCUUCCUGCUUUUUGUACAGUAAACAUGCUACGCAGAGACGAGGUGUUGAAGAACACAUGGGACAACGACCAUACAAUAAGCUCUAACAUGGACCAACGGAAGACAAACGCAAAUUCGUAACUUUUCUCGUGAUAAUAAGGAGCUUUUUUGUGGAAUGUGUUGAACUGCUUGUCUUUGCGUGGACCUUAACGCCGUUUACAGAUGUUUUCUCCUCUGGAUCAAUUGCGUGUUCUCUCAGACUUGGUGAAGCUGGCAGCAGCAGACGGUGAUUUUUGAAGUCCGAGAGGGUUUACUUUAAUCUUAACGAGACCUGAGUCUGCUAUAUACACAGAGUGCAGAGCUCAUCUUCCUUUACCACGGCCCUGCCCAGUGAUAUGGUAGGGUCCAUGAGUGGGUGGAACAUUCUGGAUCGGGCCUAGAUGGGAGCUCACACCGCAGGAGCCAGCCUGGUACUAUGGCUGCAUGCGCCCUGAACGGCCCCAUCAUGAUGAAUGCCAACAACAUGAAAGGUGAGAGCAGCCCUCGCACGGGGCGCCCCGUGAUGCCGGUGCCUGACCGCUCCACCUACUGCCCCGUCCUGGUGGGCGGGAGCCCCUACAGCCCGGGCAGCGUGAGCCCCAGCUCGCCUGGUGCCCCGCCGUCCUUCGUUUUCCCCCCGGUGACGAGCCUCAGCGGGCCCCGUGCCCGUUCGCCCUGCCGGCACCCGGACACCCUGGGGGUGAACGUGGGCAACCGGGUACGUCGCCUGAGCAGUCCUUGCCGCGGGCGCUUCAGCAGCGAGGAGGACGAUGGCGGCGGCGGUGGCGGAGGUGGCGCACUGAACGGUGAGACCAAGCGCACGGUGCAGAUCGUGCAGAUCAACCGCGAGCUCCAGAACGUGGAGGUGAACAAAAAGGUGGGCCUGUUCGAGGCACAGAUCUCUGGCCUGCGUGCCCAGGUGCUGAGCGCCGAGAUCCAGCGAAGCCCCAGGGUUCCCCGGAGGACUGGCCCCAGCCCUGGCCCCUCCCCUACCACUGCUCCACCGGGGAAGCCCAGCCCAGGGGGAGUCCCGGCCCCCCUCGGGGGGGACUGCCCUCCCAGUGUUCCCAACCAGCUCCAGAAUGGGAGAGGAUGUCGCGACCCAGAGGGAGUAGCAUCAGCAGCAGCAGCAGCAGCAGACAACAAAAAAAGAAGAGAGGACAGGAACAGCUCAACGGCUGCUGACCCAAAUACGGAACAGGGUGGAGGCCAGCAUGCGAACAAAUCAGCAGAGACUUGGACAGGCUCUGACAGCUCAGCGAGCACUCAGACCAUAAGUUUGCCGGGGGUUAGCAGCGACUUGGCCGUGAGCGAGAGCCUGGUGGUGACGCCGGGCAAGACGCUCCUGCCAACAAAGGAAGGAGGCGAGCAAACGGAAGCCCAGGCGCAGCCCGCUGGCGGGGCCCGGCCCAGGGCAAAGGCCCUGGCCGUGGUUGGUGGGGAGGGGGGUUGCCCGGAGGUCGGCACCAUCCCGGCCGUCAUUGUCACGGACCACGGGAUGGACGCCGGAGGGGAGGGUCCUGAGCCCCAGCCGAGCCCCGUCGCCAACCGGUCCCUGCGGAAGCUCUCCUCCUCCUCCGCCUCCUCCACUGGCUUCUCCUCGUCCUGGGAGGAAUCGGAGGACGAUAUCUCCAGUGACCCGGAGCGGAUGGAGACUCUGUCACCUGCAUUACUUCAGACGCAGCAGAAGGCGCAUAAAUCAUGGAAGAAGAUCAAGAACAUGGUGCACUGGUCGCCGUUUGUGAUGUCCUUCAAGAAGAAGUACCCUUGGAUCCAGCUGGCUGGCCAUGCAGGCAGCUUCAAGGCAGGGGCAAACGGGCGCAUCCUGAAGAAGCACUGUGACUGUGAGCAGCGCUGCCUGGACUGGCUGAUGAAGGACGUGCUGCGGCCCUUCGUGCCCGCCUACCACGGCGACGUGGAGAAGGACGGCGAGAAGUACAACCAGAUGGACGACCUGUUGGCCGAGUUUGACCUACCCUGCGUCAUGGACUGCAAGAUGGGGAUCAGGACAUACCUGGAGGAGGAGCUGACGAAGGCUCGCAAGAAGCCCAGCCUGCGGAGUGACAUGUUCCAGAAGAUGGUCGAAGUGGACCCCAAGGCGCCCACGCCAGAGGAGCUGGAGCUGAAGGCCGUCACCAAGCCGCGUUACAUGCAGUGGCGCGAGACCAUCAGCUCCACGGCAACACUCGGCUUCCGUAUCGAGGGCAUCAAGAAGGAAGAUGGAACGGUAAACAGAGACUUUAAAAAGACCAAGAGCCGGGAGCAAGUGACAGAGGCAUUCCACGACUUUGUCAAAGGAAACAAGAACAUCCUGACCUCUUAUCUCAGCAGACUAAAGGCCAUCAGGGACACUCUGGAAACAUCAACAUUUUUCAAGACACACGAGGUAAUUGGGAGCUCGCUCCUCUUUGUCCACGACAAGCGCGAGCAGGCCAAGGUGUGGAUGAUAGACUUUGGCAAGACCACACCGCUGCCUGAGGGUGAGACCCUGACCCACCGGGCACAAUGGAUGGAGGGGAACCGCGAGGACGGCUAUCUCCUCGGACUGGACCGCCUGAUAGACAUUCUCGAGCAUGUGGUGUCACCAAAGCCCCUCUAAAAAUAGAAAAGCAUAAAAGAAACGAGAGAGAGAAAGAAAGAGAGAGAGAGAGUUGAGGAGCCCCUUCUCUUCCUUCUCCCGGGUGGGGGAGGGGCAGCUCGCACUACUAGACUUCCUGUUUUCCCUCGAAAAGCUAUCCUCUAACCCUUCCCAAAAAUAUGAGAGAAAAAAAACAUCAAAACGAAAUGAAAAAAAACAACAACAACAAACGGCAGCCACUCGAGUGAAAUGUGAUGACUGUUUUCUUGUAGGGCUACAAGUCAAUGCUGUGCAGUACACAUUCAGUAGUCUUUUAAAGGGUAACUUUCCGUCCAAGUAGGUAUUUCGUAGCCAGUCUCAUCAUAAGCCUAGAGGGAGAUAUUCCACAGGGGCCUACCUGAUUUAUCUUUAUCCUCUCUUCUGUCAUAGCGUUACCUAACAGUGUCUGGCACUUAUAUCUCACGUUAACGUUGCACAAUUUAAUUUUUUCGAUUUGACCUUCAGCACUUGCUGUCAGUGGUAACAGGAGGGGUGAUAUAAAAACAUUUCACUUUGCUGCUCUGGGCUCUUAAAUUCAGCAUGAAUCGUCCUCCUGUCCAGCAACUGUGUCAAGUGUCAUAUAGAAUUAGAAUGGAUUUACUAACAUGUGUUAGUCUAAUUGUGUGCCUAUCCCCCCAUCACAUUUUAAAUGUAAUCUCUAACGUAGAUUUACUUCCCCAAUAACGUUUACUGUUUUGAUCACAAAAUUGUUUUAUUAUAUGCCUUUGGUCAUAUAUAUGCUUUUUACAGUGUACUAGAAGAAUGUAGCAUCAAGUGGUCUUAUGAAGGUGGUAAAUGUCUUAUUUACUAUAUUUACCGCUAGUUAAGCUCCAAAAUCAACAUUCCUUUUUAUCGAGGAUCUCUCCCUCAGCCUUAUGUUCUCAGUGCACAGAGGGAAGAGUCUUUCAGGAAGUGAUUCAUGGCCAAGUAUGUCCCACUUUAUAUUUAAUGUCCUUAGGUACUGUGUACUUAAUUCUUAAUCGAUAGUAGUAAUCGAUAGUGUGUAAUGUACUAUAAUGUUGCUUAAUCUAUAGUAUGUAAUGUGUUAUUCUGUUGAUUAGUACAUGUUGCUACAAGAUAUACUUGGGGUUACGGUUAGGAUUUGGCUUUAUAACAUAUAGUUAUGUGUACUUACAUGGGAAUUCAUAGUAUUAUUUCUUACUUACAUAAGUACACUGUUAUAAGGACACGUGAUAUAAAAUGGGACUGAGAUGUUUUAUGUUACAGUUACCACGGCAAGUGCCUUUUGAAUUUCAGAGUGUCUGUUACAGUCCAUCUUAAGUGGCCAUUUAGAGUUUCUCCACAUUUCCACUUGCUGUCCAAGGUGUGCGUAGUCAAAGCAGUUGGCUGUCCUUAGUUGAUUUUUUGCAAACUAAAACAUCCCUCCAGGGACCACAUUCAUCUUCAGGUCAACAAAAAGCACAUGGAAAUAUUCCUGGUUGUGUUUACUGUGAAACAUAACACAAUGUUGCCUUAACUAGACUUUGCAUACACACACGCACACACACACACGCCCACAUCAACACUCACAAACACACAUUUACCAUAUCCUGUCCUUUAAGGAUGCUGGCCGAUGCAUUUAGUUUGAAGCAGGUGCUUACUGUUUGCAUGGGCAAUUUGCCAUGCAAAUCUGCCUUUCCUACAUGGCCCUUCACCCAUGAUAUCAGGUACCCACAAAACAAACUGCCAGAGACAGUCUAUCUACUCCCUACUUUAUCAAGGCCAAACAGUACACAUUCCCUAAUAUUCCCUAAUAAGUUUGCAUUCAAUCAGUGUUUACGCAUUGGUUGUUUUUAAUUCUGGGCAAUCACUUCACAGGAACAAAUGUAACUUAGCGCUGUGCAAUAAUUAAGCCUCUGGUCAUUUUCAAGGUCAAUUGUGCACAUGUCAAAUUGUGAACGUAUGGAAGACACCGUGAGUUAGGAAGCCUGUCGGCUGUACACAGGCAUCCCUUCUCUGUUCAGUGAGCAUUGCAGAUGUGUGGGAUUAUUGUUCUUGGUGGGAGGGAGUUACCUAAAGCACUGUUGAAUUGGCUAAACUUGCAGAAGGAACUGAGAGAGUGGGUGAACAGGUACAGAAAGUUGAAAGUUCCCAAAGAAAGAGGCCAGUUCUCUAAAAAAGCACAUUGAAACAAAAACAAAAAUGGACAGGCGAAACAGACACGACACAAUGCUUUUGCUGUUUUACAAACCACUGUCCAUGCCUUCUGAUUGUGUGUGAGAGGACCUUUGCAAGCAUGCAGAAUACAAAGCAGUUAUUGGGCCCUAGUUUGACAAUUUUCUUUUCCUAGUCUUCUUCAAGUCAUGUCUUAUUUGUAGUAUAAUAAUCAGACAGGAAAAGAGAUUUAACACUUUCAGAAUGACACUGUCAAGUAGAUGCAGCUUGUGAGCUUACAGAGGCUCACCCGAGUGAUGUUUGAGAAAGUUAAUGCUUGAGAGUAGAGCGCCCUCUGCUGUCCUGGUGCUGUAUUACAUUGAACAAACUAGAAAAAGAUGUUUAAUGCUCUUAACCCAUCACUCCUUAAUGAUUUACUCCUUUAGUUACAUUGUGUGUGACCUUCAGUUACAGCCUCUUUUUUAAGGGUUUCAAAAUGAAUCAUCAUAUUUAUUUUUUUUUUUUUUUCAUUAUAUUUUGACAAUUGCACAAGAACACUAAAUGUAGCUGCAUGUUUUCUACAUGUCUGUGAUUGGCUUCAAACUUCUUCUGACAUGAGCAUUUAGUGGUUCGCUGUAAUAUAGCCCUGAUUCGCAGCUUCACUUAAGACAACAAAAAGAUUACAGGCCCACACCUUGUAGAUGUGGCUGUAGUGGUUUUCUUGUAGUCCAGGUUGUCAGCGAGCAAUUUGAAGCUGUGUUUGUCUCUGUACAAUGGUGUGUGUGUGUGGUGUUCGGAGAUGGGAAGUGUCAGGAUGACAUUUCCCUGUUUGCGGUGGGAGACUGUGGAUUCCGUUCUGGUUGGUAUGGAGACACUCCAGAGACGUGAUGAGGGGCUCACCGUGUGUGAGGUCAAGAUUUGUUCGCUUUUACCAAUCAUGGACCCAGUACUUGUGUAAAUCUUGCCAUGUCAAUACUGCAAUGCGCUGUGCUUGGCUGUACAUUUUUACCGAAGUAAAAUUGAACAGUGGCUACAAUGA